GGUUGGUUCUACGGGUGAGGUGUUUUUCGUUUUGUGGAAAUGCCGGAUCCAGCGAAAUCUGCUCCUGCUCCCAAGAAGGGCUCUAAGAAAGCUGUUACGAAAGUGCAGAAAAAGGACGGGAAGAAACGCAAGCGCAGUCGGAAGGAGAGUUACUCCGUCUAUGUGUACAAAGUGCUGAAGCAAGUUCAUCCGGACACCGGUAUCUCGUCUAAGGCCAUGGGCAUCAUGAACUCCUUCGUCAACGACAUCUUCGAGCGUAUUGCCGGUGAGGCCUCCCGUCUAGCGCAUUACAACAAGCGCUCGACCAUCACUUCCCGGGAGAUCCAGACGGCCGUGCGCCUCUUGCUGCCCGGCGAGCUGGCCAAGCACGCCGUGUCCGAGGGAACCAAGGCGGUCACCAAGUACACCAGCUCGAAGUAAUAGUGUUCAGGCAACGUAACUCCACAACUGCUUUACCCCAAAGGCUCUUUUCAGAGCCACUUCACUUAUUGGAGAAGUGGCUGUAAACACUUGUGAUAUUUGGCUUUAUUCUGCCCUUCAGAAGAAGUGGGCCUCCAAGUCACAGCUGGACUCUGCCUGACUGCCGCUCCACGGGGGAUCACGUCAGUGCGUCCUCCAAUUAAAUUAUCCUCUCAGAGAGCA